AUAAAGUGGAAAAGUCUAAAUAUUUGCAAACUCCCCACUCAGUGAUUUAGAAGCUUAUAUAUUUUUUUGAACUAAUUAGGUUGAAUGUUAAAUUUGGUAUGUUUAAUGUUGUGGGUCAUAAUAAUUCAUGGGUAGAAUUGGACAAGUCUCCAGUAAGAGGCUCAUAAGAUAGCCCAUUAGAAUAUUUAAUAAUUUAGCCUAUGUAUUAUAAUCUUGACUAAUUUGAUCAAAGAAUUAAAAUUUUGACCAAUGUAUUUCUGUAGCAAUUAAAUUUUUUGGCAGUUCUAGAAGAGCUUGCUGGUUCUAGAGUGAAAAAGAAAUGUCUUAUUCAGUUUGUAAGUCUUUUGAAAGAUUUUAUAUUAUUAUUUUUGGGAUAGACACUUUUGUAUCAUAUGUUUGGUAACAGAUUGGCUUGCUGCAAUUUAUGUCAAUGUAUGUAUUUUUCAUGUUGUUUUCGUGAUGGAAGUGGGAAGUGAUAGGCUUAUCUCUAUUUUAUUAAAUUACUGUGAGUACUGGAAGGGUAAGUGGUCCCCGUUUGUGGAAUUGUUAUGUUGUACUUCAGGUCAAAUUUGUCUAAUUAAAGGAGUCAGAAUGCCGAAAUUUUAUUAAAUAUGCACAAGCAAUAACAGAUCACAAUGAACCUUGACGGUUGGCAUUCAUCAUUAGUGCGCGUCACAUCUACGGUCCAUUAGAGAUGGCUGGGGAUGGCUCUGUCAUAAUCUAUAUAGGAUCUUGCUAAUGUACAUCAAGGUUUAUGGAUUACAUAAUAUUACAUAUCACUUUACUGUUUGUCAGUUUUAAACAUAGUCAACCUUUUCAUCUAAUCUUUUCCUUCCACAUCAUUUUUGGUAACUGCUUAUGUACCAUUUUUAUGUAUGAGUAGCAAAAUCCGUCUAUAUAUAUAUAAAAUCGUUGAUUUCCAGGUUCAAAUGAGUUAUGUAAAUCAAAUUAAUGUAUAUUUCAGGUUCAAAUGUGAAUAUAAAUGAAUGGGUAUCUGUUCAAAUAUGAAUGUAAAUGAAUGGGUAUAGCCAGAACACUAAUUUACAAUUCUGAAGUUUGCUCCCCUCCUUUUUUUUAAAUUUUUUGGAACGAUUAGUUUGGUACCAAUUUUUAUUCUUGAUUUUCUUAUGGUUUUCGGAUUUGCAGGAAAAUGAGGGAUGCCUGUUUGGCUUGCAGACGCUGUGAGGAAGAUAAUUACUGGUCUGGUCGCCAACCAGUCCAAUUCUGUCAGAUUCUAUCCUGGCCUUUUAUAGAACAGCUUGUUAUUCCAAAAAAGUUUGCUGAAAACGUGAGAGAGAAGUUGGCUGAAACUGUGACCCUGAAAGUUCCAAGUGGGAGUAUUUGGAAUGUAGGAUUAAUUUCAGAUGGGGAUACAUAUGUUCUUAAACAAGGCUGGAAAAAGUUUGUCGAAGAUAAUUUUCUUGAGGAAAAGGAUAUUUUGAUAUUUAAAUACAUUGGGGAUUCGAUAUUUGAUGUUAAUAUGUUUGACCAGAAAAAUUCCUGUGAGAGAGAAGCUACACAUUUUGCGAUAAAAUGUGAGCAUAGCUGUAAGAGAAAGAGGAAGGGGCCAGGAAGAAUUGAAGAUGAAGAUAUUGAAUCUUCUGAUGAUGAUGACUACCAUCCAUCCAACGAUGAUGAUGAUGAUGACUACCAUUCGGCAAAAAGCUCAAGGGGACUACCUACCAGAACCAAUGCAAAGGCUUAUGGGGCAAUCGAUAAGGGUAAGUGUCGUUCUAGCAAUGGAGUUGGUGGAAAUCCCUUGCGGUUGACAUUCCAUAGAACGGCUGUAACUGGAGAGGAAGCUAAGGCAAAUGCAGCAUCAUUGGUAAACAGUAAUGUGCCAGGGAUAGCUGAAGAUGAAGAUGAUGAACCCUCUGAUGAAUAUUCUGAUGAUGUUGACUACAUUCCGGUGAAAAAUCUGAGGAAUGAUUCUGCAAAUAUGCCAACAUUAUCAAGACUACCUACCAGAUCUAAUGCUAAGGCUGGGAGGGGAAAGAAGAAGCCCUUAAAGUGUACAUCCCAUAGAAGGGCAGUUACUGAAGAGGAAAAAGAGCACGCACUGGAAAAGGCAAAGGCUAAUGCAGCCUCAUCAGAAAAUUGUUUUACUGUAGUCAUGCGUCCUACACAUGUCUACAGACGAUUCUUCUUGACCAUCCCUACUAAGUGGGCAAGGGUAAAUGUCCGUCCGAAAAAUCAAGAUUUUGUCCUUCGCACCGAACUUGAUACAUUUAAAGCCAAAUACCAUUGCAGAGGUGAUGGCGGCGGACUGAAAAAAGGUUGGGACAAUUUUGUGGUUCACAACUUUUUAGAAGAAUUUGAUGUCUGUGUCUUCCAUCUUGCUAGCGGAAUAAAUGAUGACAUCGUUCUUGAUGUCAGCAUUUUUCGAGUGGUAGAGGGGGUGAUUCCUCCAAAAUGCACCUCAAGGGAUGAGUACAUUGAAGCUCAUAUCUUGUCAAAGCUACAGGUUCAGGAAUGACAUUAAACUCUCAUCUCUGUAGCUUCUUAGUACUUUCUUUUAGACUGGAAAUUAUGUUGUUACUGUCUAGCUUUUUAAUAGCUUUUUGUUAACUUAUUUUUUAUACUGAAACCAGUAUUACAAUAACUGCAAGGAUUGAUGGUUGAUGAAUCAAAAAUAUUUUAUGAA